UGGAGAAUCUGAAGAGCCAAAUCUCCUGAGCCUGGGCCUACUGCUGUCAGCGUCUCUGAGACCUCUCUCACCUGAGAAUUACCAGGUCUCACAACACUUUCCGUCCAGCCUACAGUGAGGGAUGUCAACAAAGCUACAGAAAACUCACAUUUUCUAGACUUACAAGCUGUGCAGCUGGGCAGGAACCUUAUAAUCUCCAUCCUUAGGGAAGGUUCAGAAAUAUAGACAAAUGGGAUGAAAACUCGGAUAUGCUGAGCCUGAUAUAUACAAAAGCCUUCAGAUAGUCUCCUCAAGGAAGAGCCCAAUUAGGUCCACAUAAUUAGUCCACACAUCUAGAUUAGGUAUAGGCAAAACGAGCCCUUUCUCCAUCUACCAAAACAGAGCAAAAGACUGACAUAAUACUGUAAAAGAUUCUUGUUCUAAUAACAGUAUUAUAAUGCAGUUUCACCCAUAUUUAUUUUAAUCCGUAUAAAAGUAGGAGUGUGGAAAAUAAAACAUUACUUAUAUUUUUGAAAAUUGAUUAAGAAGCUCUGAUAAAACCUGUUGGAGGGGUGAUUGCUGUGCUGAAGGAUAGAGAGGGUAUCUCAAUUGUCAAAUCAUAGCAUCACCAUUUUCUGCUUGUGUGCUAUUAGCUCGGAGAGUGAUUUGUUUUUAUCGGAUUGUUAGAACACGUCCAAUAGAUUUAGAGACAGUCUAAGUGACUGUGAAAUGCCUCAAGGGCAAUAGAAAUCAAAGAGAAACACAUACCAACUCAAGUCUUAAGUGAUGAUGGAGGCGCAUUUUAAAUACCAUGGAAAUCUCACUGGGCGUGCCCAUUUUCCCACUCUGGCAACAGAGGUUGAUACCUCUUCAGACAAAUAUUCCAAUCUGUACAUGUAUGUGGGCUUAUUCCUGAGCCUCCUGGCCAUUCUCCUCAUCCUGCUCUUCACAAUGCUCCUUCGGCUCAAACAUGUCAUCUCGCCCAUCAACUCAGACAGCACAGAAAGUGUUCCUCAGUUCACAGAUGUAGAGAUGCAGAGUCGAAUCCCCACUCCUUAAAGCCAGGAUGAAGG